AUGAGCCUCCGAUCUCGCGAGACUUGCUACUGUAGCAACUGUCACGAGAUCUCCAAGUUCCAUGAGCGUUUCAAGUCCCACGAGAGGUUAAGUGGCGAGGUUCUGGAAGGACCAAAAGCAGUCAACACUGCUUCUGGCAGGUCAGAGUUCGGAACCAUGCCUUUGAGUUUCAAUCCAAGGCAUGGGAAAACUAGAUCCAAGAACCAGGCUCUCCGUGGAGCACGUUUGAAGAUGGCAGUUGAUGAUAGCUGGUACAGAGGCGAGAAUCCUGCCAUUAUGAUGUAUGAGGGAGCUGGGAGUUUUGGCCAGGAGACCAACAUGGUGGCCGGCCCUCAGUUUGGCUUCCGGGCUGCAGUGCGUCAGUGUCUGCAUAGUAUGUGGGCCCAGAAGCACUUGGGCCUGUUUCUGCUUUUCCUGUGGAUUCUGGCGAUCAUGUGCUGUCUUGUGAACAGUGAGUCUUUGGCUCCAAAAGAGAAACUGCCAAGGCAUAAUGAAGCUCUAGAACAUGGAUCCAAGUGGGAAAUUCUGGUGGAGUUUUUCUUUCCAACAACAUGCACCAUAAGGGAGGACCAGAAGAUAGUGGCUUGUAAUAGGCAGCCGUAUCUCAGCAAGGCUGAAUGUUUAAAAUCCAAGUGCUGUUUUUCCUCAUCUGGGACCACAGUGACAUGCUAUGCCCCACUAAGAGAUAAGCCUACACAGAUGCUCCGGGCAUUUGGGUUCUCUGUGAUCAGCAUGAUAAUCCUGGGAUUUCUUCCUAUGUAUUGCUGCUUUCUUUGCCGGAGGAGGUAG